GUCAACUUUUUUCUAUACUUCUCUCCAGGAGUCAACCCCUUCUCAAUGGCAUCAAUUCUUCCUGGGCUGCGACGAGCAGCUCCGCGCCUAUCUCGCGACUUUUUCAUAUGUCACCAAUGCCGCAAACAAUCCAUUCCUUUAGGUCGUCUGAAGCUUCCCAUCAAGGCGAAUAUAAAUCGAACCAUCCGAUUCAAUAGCAGCGCUGCAGCUUUUCCUGAAGCAAAUACGAUCAAAAACUCGCCAUUAACUUCGCUGAGUAAGACAAUAUCGAAUGGCGAGAAGGAAAAGGCAAUACCGAAGAAGGGAUUCUUCCCAGAGACAUCUUCGAACGGAGUCGCAUACUGGCUCUUGGGCUCAGCAGCCAGUGUAUUUGGAAUCGUCGUCUUCGGAGGUCUAACAAGAUUAACAGAACUCAGCAUAACAGAAUGGCGGCCAGUAACUGGUUCCCUUCCGCCCCUCUCUGCAGCAGACUGGGACUCCGAGUUCUCCAAAUACCGCGCCUCGCCUGAGUUCAAGCUCCUCAACCCACACAUGACGCUCGAGGAGUUCAAGAAGAUCUACUACAUGGAAUGGGGCCACCGACUCUGGGGCCGCUUCGUCGGCCUCUCCUUUGUGAUCCCCGCCGUCUACUUCGUCGCCAGACGAAAAGUCGCUGCCAAUAUGUCGUUACGCUUGCUAGGAAUCAGCGGCCUGAUAGCUUUCCAAGGAGCAUUGGGAUGGUAUAUGGUAAAGAGCGGACUAAAAGAUGAUUUAUUCGCGCCAGGAAGCCAUCCUAGAGUUAGCCAGUACCGAUUAACUGCCCAUCUAGGCGCAGCUUUCGUGUGCUAUACCGCCAUGCUGUGGAAUGGCCUUGCGAUCCUCCGCCAAAACACCGCUCUCUCACAUCCCGUUCGCGCACUGGCACAACUAACCCACCUUUCCGGCCCAACAUUAUCAUUCUUCCGGAAAUCCGUAGCCGGACUCGCGAUCCUAGUCUUCAUCACAGCCAUGUCUGGCGGCUUAGUAGCAGGCCUCGACGCCGGAUUGAUAUACAACGAAUUCCCGCGCAUGGGAACCGGUUUCCACCCCCCAGCAUCCGAGCUCUUCGACCCCUUCUACUCCCGCAAAGAAGACAAAAGUGAUCUGUGGUGGCGAAACAUGCUCGAGAACCCAUCUACCGUGCAACUGGACCAUCGAGCCCUUGCCACCACGACAUUCACCGCUAUUUUAACUCUAUGGGCAUACACGCGUUUCAACAAGCGCGUCAAGGGCGCUAUGCCGAAUUCUGCACGGAAGGGCAUGCUGGGCGUUGUGCAUUUACUGAUGUUCCAAGUCGCGCUGGGGAUUAGCACGUUGAUUUAUCUUGUUCCUACGCCGUUGGCGGCUGCGCAUCAGGCGGGCAGUUUGGCGUUGUUGACGGGGGUGUUGGUGCUGGGGAGUAGGGUGUGGAUUCCGAAGAGGACGAUGAGGUUGGUGCAGCAGAGGGUUAAGCAGGCUGCUGUUGUGCCGGUUGGACAGGCGAGGGUGGGGUUGAGUAAGGAGGCUUUUAAGGCUGAUUUGAGUGCGUUGAAGAGGCAUGGGCCGCCGGCUGCUAAGUCAUGAGAGUGAAAUUGUUGUACAAUAUGAGAGGGAUGGUAGAAGUGGGCAUUUUCUAGCGGCAUAGAUGGCGUCGAUCACGUUAGAUCAAGCAUGAUAAUGAAACUCAGCUCUGUACAUAUC